AUGGAGUUCCUGAAUGACUAUGACAUCUCUAUUAUGUAUCAUCCAGUGAAAGCCAAUGUUGUUAAUGAUGCCUUGAGUCACAAGGCAGUGAGUAUGGGAAGUUUAGCGCUAUUGAUUGUUUCCAAGCGCCCGUUGGCCUUGGAAGUUCAGACUCUGCCCAAUAGUUUCGAUCUUCUUGAUAUUUCAACCCUAGGAUUAGCUGAUCCAUUGUCUAUUGCAACAAGAGGAAGAAUUUCAUGCUAUGAAUUGCUCCAAGCAACUGAUGUGCUUAGCGAAAGUAAUCUGAUUGGUUCUGGGAGUUUUGGCUUUGUCUACAAAGGAAUUCUUAGAAGUGGGGCUGCUAUUGCAUUUAGAGUGUUCAAUAUGCAACUAGAAGUGGCAUUCAAGAGAUAUGGUUUCCACCUAAGCGACUUUGGCAUUUCAAAAUUGCUUGGUGAAGAUGAGAUUGAUUUAUACACUAAAACAUUAGCAACGUCAGGUUAUAUUGCAUCGGAGUAUGGACAGGAAGGAUUGAUGUCAACAAAAUGUGAUUUCUAUAGUUUUGGGAUCAUGUUAAUGGAAACAUUUACAAGGAGAAAGCCUAAUGAUGAAAUGUUCGAGGGAGAUCUUAGCUUUAAGCAAUGGGUGAGUAAUUCACUCCCAGAGGCAGUAAUGGAUGUUGUAGAUGCUAACUUGGUAACACCAAUUGAUAAUUACUUGAAGUUAGAUUGUGUGGCAUCGAUCAUGAAACUGGCAUUAGAUUGUUGUGUUGAAUCUCCUGCAAGACGAACAAACAUGAAAGAUGUUGUAAGGAUGCUACAGAAGAUCAGGGUUCAACUUCUCGCAUGUUGAACAUGUUCUUGGAAACUCUUGUUCCAAAUUACUUGUUUUGUUGCAAAUGUUUGUUAAAUUGUUGUAUUGAUGUGAAGAAUGUAUUUUAUUUUAGCACUUUUGAAAUCAUAAUUACAAUAAAUCU